AUGGGCGAGACAGAAGAAUUUAAUACACUCACUUUUGAGAAGAAGUUGAUGCACUUGAAGGAUACCCAGGAAAGCAUCCAAUCAUUGUCCUCUUGGUGUCUAAAGCAAAGGGAACAUCAUAAAAAAAUUGUUUCAAGUUGGCUAAAUGUUUUAAAACGAGUGAAGGUCGAGCAGAGACUGGUGUUGUUCUAUUUGGCCAAUGAUGUUAUUCAGUAUAGUAAGAGGAAGAACUAUGAGUUUGUCGAGAGUUGGGGUCUGAAUUUACAAAAAGCUACCCCACUUGUUAGGGAUGAAAAAGUUCGACCAAAAAUUCUUAGAAUAUUCAAGAUUUGGGAACAAAGAUCAGUUUAUGAUGAUGAGUUUCUAUCGGAUUUGACUGGAUUACUCAGUGCAGGGGCUGUUAAGAAGACUGAUGAUGACCCAUUGGAUUUUCAACCUCAACAGCUCAUCAACAAAAUCAAACAGUGCACAGUGCUGGAGUCAGAUACGGAUUUAAGAUUGAAGUAUAUACACGAGAGUCAUUUACAGCUCUCUGAUGCGGAUGCUUUGCGUGCUAGUCUUAAAGAUAGAAGUAAUAAGGACGACGUGGAAAAGGAGCUGAAUGAAGGCAUAGCCUGCGUGGAGAGAUAUACACAAGCUCUGCAGAGAGAGAUAGUUGCUCGGGAAGCACUUUUAGCUCUCCUGGCAUCAGCCAAUCAAUACUAUUCCACUCAAAGAGGAGAAGUGAAAGUUGUUGCUUAUGCGUACAAAACAUUUGGUGCGCGUGUCCGCGCGUUGAAACGUAAAUUGGACGAGCUGACACCGACGUUACCGAACGCAGCGCCUUCCCCCCCACAGAGGGAUGAAGAUGUCCCUUCACCAGGUCCCGACGAAGACCUGGACCUCCCCAACAACGUUGAGGCUAGCGAGGAUGACAUAUCUUACAACAUCGAUCGUACUUUCAACACCUCACUGGCGCCAGAUGGAUCUCUAUACAAUUUGGGCCUGUCGUCCUUCUUGACAUCUGAUAACCCAUUGUCAAUAUUCAAUGAUUCGGAUGUCGACCUUAACAGCGCUAACAAAAUAGAGGUGAUAAAUAGCAGGCCCACGGAGAAGCAAGAUUUCAACAUCAACGAUUUCUUGAAAACGUUCGCGCCGAACGGUAAUAACACAAACACGUCGGACAAUAACUCAGUCACCAGCGGCACAAUGUCACAGAAGUCCCAGGACACCUUGCCCGGCCUGGACCUCCUGACCCCGGAGAGCACGGGGAAUCCCCCGCCACCGACAUCAUUCUACGGUACUAAUACAAUUGAGACUAUAAGCGAUGAUCCUGACCAACCGUACAUACCAGAAGGUACUACUCAAUGGAACAAUCAUCAGAACACCUGGAAUUUGCCUCAGCGGACGAGUCCGAUGCUGGGGCGGGGAUUGUUCGCGGAAACGCCGGAAUCGCCUCCGCCCGCGCCCGUGCCGCCGCCGCCCGCGCCCAACGCGCCCGCCGUGCCCACGCUGCCCACGGUUCCCACGGUGCCCACGUUGCCCACGGUGCCCACGAUUCCCGCGAUGCCCACUAUGCUGACGGGCGCGCACGCAGAGUUGUACAACCAGGACAUACCUCCGGCGGAUGUUGAUCACAGGGGCAUCCUGCCGCCGCCACCGCCCCCGCCGGUUCUUCCGAUUUUAGGUCGUAUUGAAGAUAUAGACCACAGGCUGCUGUCAAAUCUUCCUCCACCUCCGCAGACUGUCUCUACAACAGCCAUAAAGCAUCCUAUUUCACAUCAAGACGUCGAUCACAGGAACCUAAUAUCGUUAACGCACCAAUUGAGCGGUCGCAACCCCUAUCCUGCUAAAGGAGACCAAGAUUACAGGGUGCCCCCAGUGAAUAUGCCGAGCGAUAUUGUAGAAAGUGUUGAUAUGGACCUCUCCGAGGAUGAAGACCACCAGGUCCACUACCCGUCGCAGCCGAGCCAGCCGGCGGAGCACGCGCGCCGGCACAGCUUCAACAACAACCGCGUGCUAGUCGGCGGCGGUAACGGCAAGCCCGCCCACAAGGAGCAGAACCACACGAACCUCAUCCGGAUCAGCAGCACCGCGGAGCCCAGCGAGGGGCGGGACCCCGAGGCGGAGAGAGGGACCCCAGGCCGCGAGGCCCCGGAUAAGGCGGCCGAGGGCAGGAACGUUUCGCCGCCCGGCUACGAGAACGGCGAGUGGCACGCGGCCCAGGCGCCGAGGCCUUUCGGAGGCCAGCGCUUCCCGAGGAACUGGGGCCCUCAGGCCCGCUUCAGGCCGCAAGGCUUCGGCCCGCCGGCGCCGUCGCAGCAGCAGCAACAGUUCUGGCCCCGCAACGGCCCCCGCCCCCCCAACCGCUGGAUGGGCCCGCGGCCGCAGCGGUUCUGG